GUAAGGUCUGCUACACAGUGGAGGCUCCGGGAUCCGCCGCCUCGCAGCUCCAGCACCGCUGCCUUCAUCGGAGUGGCGUGCUCUCCAUCGAGGAUAGCCUUUUUUCUCUUUUUCUUUUCACCCCCAUUCUCACUGCGCUUCGUUUUCGUCUCCCCGGUCGCCAUGGGCAAGCGGGAGGAAGAGGAGAUCAUUAGAAUCGCCAAGAAAAUGGACAAAAUGGCGCAGAAGAAAAACGGGUCUGGUGCUCUGGACCUGCUCAAGGAGCUACGCAGCGUACCGAUGACCCUGGAACUAUUGCAGUCGACCAGAAUCGGAAUGUCUGUCAACGCCAUCCGCAAGCAGAGCACAGAUGAAGAGGUGACAUCCCUAGCCAAGUCUUUGAUCAAAUCAUGGAAGAAGCUUUUGGACGAGCCCGUGAGUGGGGACAAAUCCUCAGAUGACAAGAGGAAAGAUACGGCCCCUGUAUCUCCCGCCCAGGGAAGUCCGGAGGCGAAAGAAGAAAGCAGCUCCAGCAGUAACUCCAGCGGCAAGAGCGAGCACGCAGACGUUUCCAGCAACUCGCUAAUCAACACUUUCCCUCGUGCUCCCGGCACCGGCGACUCCAUACGCAUUAAGUGUCGAGGGAUGCUGUCCAACGCUUUACAGACUGGAGACGACUACAUCGCCAUCGGUGCCGACUGCGACGAGCUCGGAGCGCAGAUUGAGGAAUGCAUAUUCCAAGAGUUCAAAAACACGGACAUGAAGUACAAGAACCGCGUGCGCAGCCGAAUCUCUAACCUGAAGGACGUGAAGAAUCCCAACUUGAGGAGGACGGUGCUCUGCGGGAGCGUCACCCCCGAGCGCAUGGCCAAGAUGACCGCCGAGGAAAUGGCCAGUGACGAGCUGAAAGAGAUGCGGAAGAACUUGACCAAAGAGGCUGUCAGAGACCACCAGAUGGCCACCACGGGGGGCACGCAGACAGAUCUGUUCACUUGCGGCAAGUGCAAGGGCAAAUGCUGCACCUACACGCAGGUUCAAACUCGCAGCGCUGAUGAGCCCAUGACCACGUUUGUCUUCUGCAAUGAGUGCGGAAAUAGAUGGAAGUUCUGUUGAGCGGGCAGGCAUCUUCCUUGAGUAGCAAAAUUCCUGGACCAGAUCCUAUCGACGGGCGGCAGAUUGGAGCUUUUUCUUUUUUUAUGUUUCUUUUUUAUCAUCUGGUGUAUACGUUGUACACCGGACGUUGUGUUAAGGAUGCCUUGUGGCUUUGAGUUGGACUAAAAUCUCCUGAGGUCAUCGUAAGCCCCGUUCUCUCUGCCGACCGACCCCACCGCCGACAAAUGCAAUCUUUUAAUAUUGUUAAUAGUCGUUUCCAAAUAAUUAGAUGUAUGCAAUCAAGCUUGACUCGUUCUUUUAUCAGCAUUUUUUUUUUUUUAUAUUUGUAGAUUUAACACCGUUGGCAGUUUCGCUAUGCUUUCCCCUCCACAACAGCACCACAUUGUUUUAUUUAAUUACCCAAUAAAGUGUAAUCCAUUUGAUUAAAAAAACAAA